AUGGCGGCGGCACAGGCCGUGGCGCAGCAGGCGCCUACAAGGACACAUCUUACACUGAAGGGGUCUACCGCGCUUGUCCAUGAGUUCUUCAACUACUCUGUGCAAAGCAUUUUGUACCAGCGAUCGAUUUAUCCGUCUGAGGAUUUCCGUACCGUCAAAAAGUUUGGCUUGCAAAUGCUUGCUACCACCGAUGAUGACCUGGCUGAUUAUUUGGAUCGAGCUAUGUCUCAGAUGAAACGGUGGCUUGAGCAAGGCAAAGUGCGUCGAUUGGUGGUGGCCAUUGUGGAAAAGGAGUCCCAAGAAACGGUGGAGCGUUGGCAAUUCGAUAUUGAAGUCGUAAAUACCGGCGUGGAUGAACAGAAUGUACCCAGUGACACAUCGUCACUACCUAAGUCUAUGCAGAAGACAGACGCUCAGGUCAAGGCAGAAAUUGCUGCGAUUAUCAAGCAGAUCACGGCCAGUUGCACCUUCUUACCUGUCCUAGAAGAGCCCUGUGCCUUCCAGAUUCUCGCCUACACUGACCAUGACGUGGAAGUGCCUGUGGAAUGGUCUGAUUCGAAUGCUCGCUUAAUUGCCGAGGGUAAGGCGGAGCAGGUGAAAUUGCGUAGCUUCUCGACACAUGUGCAUCGCGUAGAUGCUAUGGUGGCCUACAAACGGGAGGAGGAAGAUGUCUAA